UCCCUCCCUCCCUCCCUCCCGCCAGGCGCUGGACACGCUGCGGCACCUCUUCUCUUGGGGCUCUCUUCCCCUGGCCAUCUCCUCCCGCCCGCGUGACUUUGGGACGGUGGCUUUUUGGGAUUGAAUGUUCCCUUCCGAGAGCACAUGGCUGGGGAAGCGAGGAGCAGGCUGGGCCCCCAAGGGGCCGUGGUCCGGGAGGCGGUGCUGCUGCUGUUGUGCCUGGGGUUCCCCACCGGGCACCCCUACAACGUGGACACCAAGAGCCCGCUGCUCUUCCAGGGCCCCCCCAACACCCUGUUCGGUUACUCGGUGGUUCUGCACAGCCACGGGGCAAACCGCUGGCUCAUUGUGGGGGCACCCAAGGCCAACUGGCUCGCCAACGCUUCAGUAGUCAAUCCGGGGGCGAUUUACAGAUGCGGGAUCGGAAAGAAUCCAAAUCAGACCUGCGAACAGCUCCAGCUGGGUAGCCCUGAUGGAGAACCUUGUGGAAAGACUUGUUUGGAAGAAAGAGACAAUCAGUGGUUGGGAGUCACGCUUUCCAGGCAGCCAGGAGAAAAUGGAUCCAUAGUGGCUUGUGGACAUAGAUGGAAAAACAUAUUUUACAUGAAGAAUGAUAAUAAGCUCCCCUCGGGUAUCUGCUAUGGAAUACCUGCUGAUUUACGAACCAAACUGAGUAAAAGAAUAGCUCCCUGUUACCAAGAUUAUGUGAGAAAAUUUGGAGAAAAUUUUGCAUCAUGUCAAGCUGGAAUAUCUAGUUUUUACACACAGGAUUUAAUUGUGAUGGGAGCCCCAGGAUCAUCUUACUGGACUGGUUCUGUUUUUGUCUACAACAUAACUACAAAUAAAUACAAGGCUUUUUUAGACCAAAAGAAUCAAGUAAAAUUUGGAAGUUAUUUAGGCUACUCCGUUGGAGCUGGUCAUUUUCGGAGUCCACAUACUACUGAAGUAGUUGGAGGAGCCCCACAGCACGAACAGAUUGGUAAAGCAUACAUAUUCAGCAUAGAGGAAAAAAAACUAAACAUCUUACAUGAAAUGAAAGGUAAAAAGCUUGGGUCUUACUUUGGAGCAUCUGUCUGUGCCGUGGACCUCAAUGCAGACGGCUUCUCCGACCUACUCGUUGGAGCCCCCAUGCAGAGUGUCAUCAGGGAGGAAGGGAGAGUGUUCGUGUACAUCAACUCCGGCUUGGGAGCAGUAAUGAAUGAAAUAGAAACAGAACUCAUUGGAAGUGACAAAUAUGCAGCAAGAUUUGGGGAAUCUAUAGUUAAUCUUGGCGACAUUGAUAAUGAUGGCUUUGAAGAUGUUGCUAUUGGAGCUCCACAAGAAGAUAACUUGCAAGGUGCCAUUUACAUUUACAAUGGCCGAGCAGACGGGAUCUCACCGGCCUUCUCACAGAGAAUUGAAGGAAUUCAAAUUAGUAAAUCACUAAGUAUGUUUGGACAGUCUAUAUCUGGACAAAUUGAUGCAGAUAAUAAUGGAUAUGUAGAUGUAGCAGUUGGUGCUUUUCAGUCUAAUUCUGCUGUGUUGCUAAGGACAAGGCCUGUAGUGAUUGUUGAUGCUUUCUUAAGUCAUCCCGAGUCAGUAAAUAGAACGAAGUUUGACUGUAUUGAAAAUGGGCUGCCUUCUGUGUGCAUGAAUCUGACACUCUGUUUCUCAUACAAGGGCAAAGAAGUUCCAGGUUAUAUUGUUUUGUUUUAUAACAUGAGUCUGGAUGUGAACCGAAAGACAGAGACUCCAUCAAGAUUUUACUUUUCUUCUAAUGGAACUUCUGAUGUGAUUACAGGAAGCAUGAAAGUGUCAAGCAGAGUAACUAACUGUCAAACACAUCAAGCAUUUAUGCGGAAAGAUGUGCGGGACAUCCUCACCCCAAUUCAGAUUGAAGCUGCUUAUCACCUUGGGCAUCACGUCAUCAGUAAACGAAGCACAGAUGAAUUCCCGCCUCUUCAGCCAAUUCUUCAGCGGAAGAAAGAAAAAGACAAGAUUGAAAAAACAGUAAACUUUGCAAGAUUUUGUGCCUAUGAAAAUUGUUCUGCUGAUUUGCAGGUUUCUGCAAAAAUUGGAUUUUUGAGGCCACAUGAAAACAAAACCUAUCUUGCUGUUGGAAGUAUGAAGACAUUAAUGUUGAAUGUAUCUUUGUUUAAUGCUGGAGAUGAUGCAUAUGAAACAACUCUGCAUAUCAAAGUGCCCUCCGGUCUUUAUUUCAUUAAGAUUCUAGAUCUGGAAGAGAAGCAAAUAAAUUGUGAAGUAACAGACAACUCUGGCAUAGUAAAACUUGACUGCAGUGUUGGUUAUAUAUAUGUAGAUCAUCUAUCAAGGGUAGACGUUAGCUUUCUCCUGGAUGCAAGUUCACUCAGCAGAGCAGAAGAGGACCUCAACAUCACAGUGCAUGCCACCUGUGAAAAUGAAGGGGAAAUGGACAAUCUGAAGCAAAAUAAAGUGACUUUAGCAAUUCCUCUGAAGUAUGAGGUUAUGCUAAGUGUUCAUGGGUUCGUAAAUCCAACUUCGUUUGUGUAUGGACCAACGGAGGAAAAUGAACCUGAAAUGUGCAUGGAGGAGAAAAUGAACUUCACUUUUCAUGUUAUCAACACUGGCCCUAGCAUGGCUCCAAAUGUCAGUGUGGAGAUAGCAGUGCCAAAUUCAAUUAUGCCCCGUACCCAUGAGCUAUUCAACAUUUUGUAUGUCCAGACUAGUGUUGGAGAAUGCCAUUUUAAGAAUUAUCAAAGAGUGUGUACAUUAGAACAGCAAAAAAGUGCAUUGGAGACCAUGAAAGACAUAGUCAUGUUCUUUUCGAAGACUGAUAAGAUGCUAUUGUCCUGCUUGAAAGUUGACCCAUAUUGUUUAAGUUUCUUAUGCAAUUUUGGAAAAAUGGAGAGUGGAAAAGAAGCCAGUGUUCAUAUUCAGCUGGAAGGCCGACCAUCCCUUUUGGAAAUGGAUGAGAGUUCAGCACUCAAGCUUGAUAUAAGAGCAACAGCCUUUCCAGAGCCAAAUCCUAAAGUUAUUGAACUGAACAAGGAAGAGAAUGUUGCACACAUUCUGCUUGAAGGAGUACAUCAUCAAAGACCCAAACGUGUUUUCACAAUAGCGAUUGUGUCAAGUAGCUUGGUGCUUGGACUUCUUUUACUUCUAUUGAUUUCCUAUGGCAUGUGGAAGGUUGGCUUCUUUAAAAGACAGUACAAAUCUAUUCUACAAGAAGAAAACAGAAGAGACAGUUGGAGUUAUGUGAACAGUAGAAAUGAUUAAAGACUUCUUUCAAAUUGCGAAAACUAAUAACAACCUCAGGGUAAAGAAAACGUUUUUAUCAAAAAAUGUGAAUUUUGCUCAGACUUCUGUGUUAUUCUUUUACUCACGAUUCUGUGACAUCUGUGUAAAGGUAAAUGGAAAAUCCAGGCAGUGAUUAUACUGGAGAAAAAAAUAACUGCAAAGGUAAUAUUUAAUAUAUCCAAAGAUAAAUUUUCAACUGUUUAAACAAAAACACUAAAGUAUUCACUCCAUUCAAGGUAAUUCUUCUAAGAUACCUUAAAAUAAUGCAUCUAAAUUUGUUUUGGACUAGAAAUAUUGUCAUUUUAAAAGAAAUUACUUACUAUAUGUCUUGCCUUGGUAACUGCAUUGGGUGAUGGUUCAUUUCAAAUAAUAUUUGAGAUUUGUUUGAAAUAUUUUCUAAUGAAUAAAGGAAUCAUUAUUUUAAAAGGUUUAUUUAGUAUUUUACAAAUCAUGGCUGUUAGCGAGAAAAAAUUAGACCAAAUUUAUACAGUGGUUUGAGCUUAAUGAGAUUAUUUAUGUAUAAUACAGAAGUUUUUUUAAGAAUAUAUGUUCAUUUAGGUGCAAGUUCUCCUUUGAUACACUUUUUAUUAAGGAUAACUAGGAGUAAAUUCACACCAAAAAAACCUCUGAAAACAUUGUAAAUAUUGCACUUUAGCUGAUAUUUGAAAUAUAAAUAUACUGGCUUUAUGUAUAAAACAUAACUGUACCUCACUAGCAAUUUUUAAAAAGCAAAAUUGCAAAGACCAGAAUCUCAUGUAAAUUAGAAUCUAUAAAAUAUUUACAAGCAAAUACACAUAAGAGUUCUCUUCAUGGAAAUGGAGAAGCAAAAUUCACUGUAAAAGUACAGAUUUACACCUGCUAUGCAUUUUUAAGUUCUUUUGUUCAUUAAUGAAGUAGUCUCAUCUUUAAUUUGCAAGUACAAAAGGCAUUUAUUCUUUUAUGGUAAUAUUUAUUUCAUCAGAAUUGUCCUAUAUUCUUGUCUUUAUAAUUUUGAAAAUCUGCCUCUUAUAUGGUGACCAGUGGGGAGUCUGACUGUUAGGCAGACCGCUGUUGGUGGAGGCUUUUCCCUAACUCCUGAAAGUUGAUGUAUUUGGUGGCUGGAGUGACAAGUGCUCGAUUUGUGAAGGUGUUUGAGAGCUUGAGUGGCAAAAACCAAUCACAGUGAGUUUGAAGGCUCUUAAACUCAGUGUCUCCACAGACAAAAAAUCGAAAACUUUUCCUUAAAAAGCAUCCAUUAAAAUAUAUGUCUCUCAGGAGAAUGUAUUGCACUAUUGGUGGAAACCAAAACCAGUCCAGAACAUCCUUGUCAGGUAUGAUCCCUGAAGAAAUUUAAAUGUGUUUCUUUUCCAUUUCAGAAAUUGCCAGAUAACAUAGUUCUCUACUGGGCGAGAUUUUUUCCCAGUUAGAUAUGAACUGUAACACUACCUGUAUUUAAAAUGGUAGGUUUUUAAAAUUGUUAAGAAAAUCAGCCAUGCUCAACUUUAAUAUUCACAAAAAAUUGGGUUUUUUUGCAAAUCAUAUCUUUUUUCAAAAUAUCUGUAUAAUUUUGAAAUUUAGGUACCUUGUCAGUAACUCUUGGUUUGUUAAUAUUACAAGUGAUGAAUUCAAAUCCUGGAAAAUGAAAGAAGCUUUGUCUUUGGAAUUCUCUACAUUAAAUAUUGAUAUGUGAUGAUGAUUAAAUACCUUUCCUAAACCAGAAUUUGUUUUUAAAUCCUAGAAGCUAAUUUUUAAUAUCAAAAAUAGUGAUUUUAAACUAUUACAAUAGCUAUGCCUGUGUUUUUUCAUAUUAAAAUUCUAAUCUACACAUUUAUCUUAUAAACAAUUACAUGUUACUUUGGAAUCAUUCAUUUCUUCCAUGCUUCCUCCAUAAAGAUUGAUAAGUCUUGGAUGCAGUCUAUAGAGAAAAGAAUAUAAAUGAUUAUUUUGUCAACCUAUUUUACAUGCGUACAUGUGUUAAGUAUGACACACAUCUAUUUACAAAUUUUUUUUGUUAAAAAAAUACAAAUAAUACAAAAAUAAAAUCUAAUAGUAGCCAACGAACAUGUAUUCCAUGGCAAUGUAUGAAAUGGCUGCAAUCUAGAAAAACAGAGGUCCUGAUAAAUCAGCCCUAGGGAUUAGUACUAUACAUCUUUCUAAACCAACUUCCUUGAUAAUGUCCUUCAUUGUCUGGGGAACGCUCACAUUUAAUAGGCUACACAACUCACCCCUGCAUUUUUUUCCAUCCAUUGAGUGAGUAGUCAUGCUUACCAAGAAUAUGUCUGCCUAUUCCUAAACCUGUUUCUACAUAUUGCUAUUAUUUAAUUAAAUAAUAUGUAAAGUUGUUUCUAUGCAAAGUACGCUGAAUGCUUUAGAAGACUUGAUAAAAACAAACUGUUGAACAUGAAGCAUUCCUUAUGUGUGAAAGAAAAUUGUAAAACACUGGGGCAUUAAAUUGUAACUAUCUGCUACUAGGACGAUUUCACAAGAUUUAAGAUCUUUAUCUGUAUAUAUUCUAAGAAGAGGUACACUUUUUUGUGCAUGUGUCUUUUUUAUGCUUCCCUGAUUUACUAAUUAAAACAAUCUAGCCAACUGGCUAACUUCAUAGUGACAAGAAGGUGACUUAUGCUUACCGCUGGCCACCUAAAAUGGUGAAGUAAUUAGACUUACCGAACGUGGACCUCUGAUGCAACUUCCAUUAAAUCACCGUCUACAUUCCAAGGGAAACUCAACUCUGAAGCAAUUUCUUGUGGUCUAUCUUCUUCGCCUGGAUUGUGCCCACUGGUAGUAUUCCUUGGGUGAACCUUUACUUCUUCAACAGUGUAAGUCUCAACAAAUGGAAAAUUGAACUAAAUAAAACAAAUGAAAGUUCACUGCUCUCUCUCUCUGGCAAUAUCAACACAAAUGCAGAUGUUUUUAUGCUUUGAAACUUUACUCAUGCCUAGGGGUUUCUUUUCAGGAAGGAAGUUUUGUUGGGCGAUUUAGUAAUUGGUAAAUACAUUUCUGACAAGUAAUGUAUAUGCAAUAAAAUAAUUUUUCAAUUAAAAUAUUGGUACAGAAGAUUUAUAUAUUCCACUGA